AUGGUGGGAACCGGGAUCAAGAAUGGAAGGAGCGCAGUGAUGGCUAAGGCGUUGCUCGUCGCAAGCAUGAUUGUCCAGCUGUCACUGGUGGGAGGAGCGAGAAGCUCGUGGCAGAGACAAGAAAUCCGAUGCUCAGAAGUUCACGACGAUUUGAUCCACAGCGAGACUACCGAAGGAGGAGGGAAACCAGUUUGGUCGCAGUCUGUGAACGGAGUAGGAGACGAGAGCGAGAGUUGCUGGUGCUUCAAGCCCAAGAGCUUGAUCGACUGGACCGGGUGGGGCAUGACGCGCGUGGUGACAAUUCAGCCCUUUGAUUCACAACAUUAUCAAGUGUGGACAGCAACAUCCGAAGUCGGCAAGAGGCAGAUUGGAUGCGUUGUUACUGAAGUCAUUCCCCUUCGGAUCAAGGAAUCAUUGCACAAUUCGUCGAAGUCCUUUCCAAGAGUUAUGUGUCGGUCUCCGAGGGCGGACAUCGCACAAGACUACGAUCACAGUGAGAUUGAAGAAGAUUUUUGA